UGUGAAUGAGCUGAUUCUCCUCAAGCAGUUCCAUGGACAGGACCCUUGGUGUGUCCUUGGGAUGCCGUCCGGGCUGGAAGGUGUCUCCAGGGGACACUGGGGGACAGGAGUAUCCUUGGCCUGUAGGAGUCUCAGAAAGGUUGAGCAGGGUUGCUCUGCUGUGGGCCCCUCUGCUCUCAGCUGUGUCAGACUGAUUUUAAUGGGGACACAAUAACUGCCCUCCAUCUCAGAAAGGGCAGCUAGUGACAGAUGGAGUGACAGAGCAGCUCCCCUCACCUUUUACUGAAUUACAACCAAUGCUCUUUCCUUGCACAGUUCUCUCUGAUCUCCCUGGGCACACCAGGAAUCCCUCCCAAGCUGCCUUUGGCCAUCACCAUUCCUUAACCCGGGGACUGGAGAUGCUGCCAAGCUCCUCUGCCUCAGCAGCAGUUUGAUCCAAGCAAAAGGGCCAGAUCCCAGCAGACCUCCAGGCACAGGGCUGAAGGAAGGGCUCUGAGAAAAGGAAAAUUGGCUGGCACAAAGCAGCUGGUACAGAGAUGGGAGAAAGGGCUUGGACCUUGCUAAGGAAAGUCUCCCCUGACUUAUCACUGUGUCCUCCUUCAACAGGACCCCAUGGCCUAAGAGAAGAAAUGUCCAACAGCAGCUCCAUCAGCCACUUCCUCCUGCUGGCACUGGCAGACACACGGCAGCUGCAGCUCCUGCACUUCUGCCUCUUCCUGGGCAUCUCCCUGGCUGCCCUCCUGGGCAACGGCCUCAUCAUCAGUGCCAUAGCCUGCGGCCACCACCUGCACACCCCCAUGUUCUUCUUCCUGCUCAACCUGGCCCUCACUGACCUGGGCUGCAUCUGCACCACUGUGCCCAAAGCCAUGCACAAUUCCCUCUGGGACACAAGGAACAUCUCCUACUCAGGAUGUGCUGCUCAGGCGUUUUUCUUUAUAUUCUUCAUAGGAACAGAGUAUUUCCUCCUGACCAUCAUGUGCUACGACCGCUACGUGUCCAUCUGCAAACCCCUGCACUACGGGACCCUCCUGGGCAGCAGAGCUUGUGCCCACAUGGCAGCAGCUGCCUGGGCCAGUGGCUUUCUCUAUUCACUGCUGCACACAGCCAAUACAUUUUCCCUGCCCUUGUGCCAGGGCAAUGCAUUGCGAGGGUUCUUCUGUGAAAUCCCCCAGAUCAUCAAGCUCUCCUGCUUAGACUCCUACCUCAGGGAACUUGGGCUCAUUGUUGUUAGUGCCUGUUUGUUAUUUGGUUGUUAUGUGUUCAUUGUUUUCUCCUAUGUGCAGAUCUUCAGGGCCAUGCUGAGGAUCCCCUCUGAGCAGGGACGGCACAAAGCCUUUUCCACCUGCCUCCCUCACCUGGCUGUGGUCUCCCUGUUCCUCAGCACUGUCACGUUUGCGUACCUGAAGCCCCCCUCUAUCUCCUUCCCAUCCCUGGAUCUGUCACUGUCAGUUCUGUACUCAGUGGUGCCUCCAGCCCUGAACCCCCUCAUCUACAGCCUGAGGAACCAGGAGCUCAAGGAUACUCUGGGAAAAUUAAUGAUUUUACAUUUUCAAAAGCAUUAA